GCCAUGGAGUGCGUGGUGGCCGGGGCUCACCUCCGAGUGUUUGGAAGAGCAGUCCACGCCAUAGCACGUGUUAGUGACGAGUUUUGGUUUGACCCCACUGAAAAAGGUCUUGCCUUAAGAUCAGUGAAUUCCUCAAGGUCAGCAUAUGCUUAUGUCUUCUUCUCAUCCAUGUUUUUUCAACGUUACUGCUGGACAGCUCUGCCUCAGCCAUGUCAGAAGGGAAAACAGUUAUCCCUCUCAUGUAAACUGAUAAUUAAGUCAGUUCUCCCUAUAUUCAGAUGUGUAAGUGUGCUGGAAAGGAACGUGGAGAAAUGCAGCAUUUCCACAAACACCACUGGCCACCACGUAACUUUUCAGCUCCUCUGCAAACAUGGUGUCGUGAAAACCUACAACCUGACCUUUCAGGAGUGUGAUCCAUUGCAGGCUGUUUUUGCAAAGCACAUGUGUCCCAACAUACUUAAAGUCCACUCCAGGCUGCUGGCUGAUGUAAUGAUUCACUUUCCGACCAGUCAAGAAGAAGUAACCUUGGCAGUUACUCCAGUGCAAGUUUGUUUCAAGAGUUACACCGAGGAGGACAGGGAUUUUUCAAAGACCAUGCUUACUGAAAUCCAGCUCAGCCCAGAGGAGUUUGACUACUUUCAGGUUGGAGUAGAUUCUGAUGUGACCUUUUGCCUUAAAGAUUUGAGGGGCCUGAUCACCUUUUCAGACGCCGCCGGUGCUCCCGUCUCCAUCCACUUCCACGGAUCUGGGAAGCCAAUUGCUUUCAGCAUGGAAGAUGUGGUGCUGGAAGCCAGCUUCAUCUUGGCCACGCUGUCGGAGGCCGAGGAGCCGUCCCGGGGCCUUUCCCCGCGGCAGGACAGCCUGAAGGGACACCUGGGCAAACCCGAGAGAGCCCCGGUGGGUAAGGACAGAGAAGCAGCUGCUUCCAGAAAGGCCCUGUGGGGUGGGAAUGCCCCAGGCACAGUGACACCUGCGAGCCCUGCAGCCAAAGGAGAGGUUCAACACAGGGCCAGAGUCACCCCCAGAGGGGCAGCGGGCACGGCUGUGAGCGCGGCGCGGGGGGCAGAGGCGGCAGAGCCCCGCUGCCAGGAGUUUCAUUCCUUGUUUUUUGGAGCAGUCUCUUGUAAGAAGGACGCCACCAGUCAGAGCUUCCACAGCUUAGUGACUGCUAGUGACACUGAAGAGGAUGCUGGUGGUGUGCAGAGCUCCCAGGUGCUGUAGUGACGAGUGUAAAGGCUUCUGGGGAGCUCCCCACACCCCAAAGCGCAGCCAAUGCGGUACCUGGGGAGCUGCUUCUGGUUUGAGUUGAGUUGCAGUUCAAGUCAGAACUUGCUGGAAACUGUAUUCUGAGGUGAUGUGGGGACCUGCAUUUCACAUACCUGUUCAGCCUGGGAAGGAAGGAUCCAAUGGUGCCCCUUUCCCUUUGUGCAAGGCAGAGCCAGGAACAACAAAGGUACCAAGCACUGGGUCAGCUCCUGCUGCUGGGUGCAGGUUCUGCCUUCAGCGGCCGUUUGUCACCCCCCAGCACGGGCACAGCCAGGCCAGCAGCUGUGGCUGAGGUGGAGGUGUGUGCCUGGCCCAGUCUGCAGGCACAGGGAACACACCAGUGACCACUGGGGCCAAGUAAGCUGCUGGUGUAGCUGCAGGUGCUGGGAAAUACCCGGCUCCCCUCUGGCACAGCCACAUGGGGUUGCUGUGCAACAGCCUGUACUUCUGGAGCCGUGUGGAGGUGGCAGCUCAGAGUAAGCAAAGUU